AUGAGGCUCACCUCAGUGUGGACCAGUGUCGUGCAGGUCUUUAGUUUCCUCACCUUCUCUUCCCCCGAGGACGGUGUGCAAGAUCUCUCCUCCCAGCGUCCCCAAAUUCCCAUCGCCCUGGAAGAUGUCGUCCACCAUCCCCUGUCCCCGCCCUCCUCCCACCACGGUCACCACCCUAUCCCCCCAAGCUCCAACAAUGUCAACAUUGACGGCGAUGAAGUAGUCCCCCUCUACACCGGCGGCAAAGAACGUUCCUACAUGAUCAACGACCACCCUGUCGUCGGAACCCCCAAAAGUCCCCAGGAAGGAGGUCCUGGUGGCGGACUCAACUGCCAUUACCCCGACAUGCAGGAUUGGGAGCCUUGCUACGGCCCCGAGAACAGAACCUGCUGGUUGAAGCAUAAGCAUGAUGCGGAUAAGAGGAUUGAUAUCAUGACUGAUUAUGAGAAUGAGUGGGAGAUUCCUAAGGGGAAGGUCAGAAAGUUCUACUUGGAAGUUUCUGAACAACCUAUUUCUCCGGAUGGGGCUACGAUGGAACAUGGCAAGGUGUUUAAUCGGACUUAUCCGGGGCCUUGGCUUGAGGUAACCGUCAAGAACAACCUCCGCUGGAACGGCACAUCCGUCCACUGGCAUGGAUUCCGUCAAUUGGAGUCAUUCCACAUGGACGGCGUCAACGGCAUUACCGAAUGUCCCAUUGCCCCAGGCGACACCUUCACCUACCGGUUCCGGGCCAUGCAAUACGGUUCAGCCUGGUAUCACAGCCACUACUCCCUUCAAUACGGCGACGGCCUUUUGGGUCCCAUCACCAUCUACGGCCCCUCAACAGCUAACUUUGAGGAGAAUGAAGCCUUUAAACCCUUGUUGCUGACAGACUGGAACCAUCGCAGCGUGUUCGAGGAUUGGCCGCUUAUGUUGGAGUCGGGCGAGGCGCCGUCUAUGACAAAUAUACUGAUUAAUGGCGUGGGACAGUUUGGCAGUCAUACGCCGGAUAAGUAUACGUUGUUUUUGGACGAGGGGAAGAAACAUUUGCUGAUUCUGAUUAACACGGCGGUUGAUACGACGUUUGUUUUCAGCAUUGAUAAUCAUACACUGGAGGUUGUGGAGAUGGAUUUCGUGCCGAUUGUGCCGUAUAAUACGACGAAUUUGAAGAUUGGCAUUGGCCAAAGAUACCAUGUCCUCGUCCACGGGUUACACAACCCAUACGAGGCCGAGAGAUAUGGCAACUACUGGAUGCGAAUCAACCCAGCACGCAAAUGCAGCAAGUUCCCCUACGGCCCUGACGAGCAGAUGGGUAUCAUCAGAUACAACACAUCUUACCAGACCAUGGAUGUGCCGGCGCCCGAUCCCAUGUCGGAACCGCCUCUGUACGAGAUGACCUGUGCAGACGAGCCGCUGGAAAAGCUGAUACCGAAGAUUCCUUGGACGGUUGGGAAUCCGGUGAAUAUUGAUCCAAACGUCGACCCAAAAACCCUCGCACCCAAUAAGCGCUACAUCUUCAACGUCGGCCUGACCAUGUCCGGCGGUCCCAACACCAGCACGCCUUAUAUCCCCGAUGACCAAGCUUACGCCCGCUGGGACAUGCACAUAGCCCCCUUCCGGAUCAACUUUUCCGACCCAACCCUCCUCUCCCUCUCCAGCCUUGACUCUUUGAUAACCCAACCACACCUUGACAUCGUGACCCUCCCCAACGUCGACCCCAACCUAGACAAAUGGGUCUGGAUGGUGAUCACUGCGCCCGAUAAAGUCCCCCAAGAAGGAGCCCGCAUCUUCUUCCCCGCUGCACAUCCGAUUCACUUACACGGCCAUGACUUUGCGGUGUUAAGACAGAGUAGCAAGAAUUGGUACGACGACCCUGACAUUGGUCACAUUGGUGAGGGAAAGAGGUGGUUUACACCCGACAAGCUGAAUUGCGAGAAUGAAAUGCUGGAUUGCGAGAAUCCGACGAGGAGAGAUGUGGUGUUGUUGCCCGCAAGCGGGUAUGUGGUUAUUGCUUUUAAGGCUGAUAAUCCUGGCGCCUGGAUCCUCCACUGCCACAUCGCCUUCCAUGCCUCGUCUGGCCUGGCUAUGCAGAUCAUUGAGAACAAGGACUUGAUUCCGGCUAUCAUGGAGAAGGAUAAGCUGCUUAUUGAGGACAGGUGUAAGAAGUGGAGGGAGUGGUAUGGCGAGCCGAGGAAUCUGUGGGAUUGGCACGAGCCGAAGCAUUUCCAGGAUGACUCGGGUGUGUAG